UGAUUUCAUGAGAUAUUCAGAUGGAAUCAGAUUAUUACUGCUGUAAUUUCAGUGUUUCUUUAUUCCUGGAUGUUUUUAGUUCAUACUGAGUCAGAACUCAGAACCUGCAGUGCAUGAGGACCGUGUACCUGUCAGCUCUGUGUUCUGGGUUUCUGGUCCGGUUUCGAGCAGAAUACCUGUGCUGAGAUAAAUCUGUUAAUGAAUGACCGCCAGACUUUGGGUGGUGAAUACAACCUUCACAGCAGGUGAGAGAGAGCCUGCUGGGAGAGUGUGACAUCAGCACCACACAGUUUGUUUGGCCUGCAGCUCUUUUCAAGGUAGCCUGUCCAGGUGGGCGUGUCUGCCCGUCCAGGUGGGCGUGUCCAGCAGCCUCCAGCCAUCUGCAGCAAACUGUUGCAAAGGUGAUUUAUGUUAAUGUGAUAUCAGUUAGCAUCAGGCUACUUCUGACUGUGUGUGUGUGUGUGUGUGUGUGUACUGGGGUCAUGCCAACAUGGGAGGGACCGGGCCGACAAGUGGCCAGCUCUCCAGCCCGCCCGCCCACCGCGCGCCUCUCCGCACCGGGAGCGACGCGUGAGGAUGAUGCCAGCCAGAGAGAGAUGGACUGGCAGCGAGGGAGGGAGGAGGAGGAGGAGGGGGAGAGAACCGCACAGUGACACAACUCGAGUGAAAGAGGAGGCGGUUGAUGAGUGAGAGUACAACUGAGAGAGUUACGGAACAAAGGACGAAUAACGAGGAACGGGAAAUAGCCGGAGACCCGCUGCUGGUUCCCCUCCUGCCCGCGCUGAUGUCCGAGGCCCGCCCGGUGCCAAGUCAACACAGUCGACCGCGGCAGAGCGCACAGGGACGGCCACUGGAGCGGAGAGCUGCCGGGGGACGGACACCGCUGGAGCUCCGCGCUGAGACCGAGACCCUAUGCAAGAUCACUGCAGCUCAUUCGUAUAACUCUUACAGUGGAAGAGGCCGUGGCCUGUGGUAGGCUGCUGACCUGUUUUGCAGGCCAGUGAUGGAUUCCCCCACAGAUCUCUUCGACGACUCUGCUCCUCAGACUCACAUGUUUCCUGCCACUCACAGCUCCACAGACCUGCCCGGCGUUCAUCCUCAGCCCACUGCAGGUCGCCCCGCUCCUGCCUUCAGACCACCUGGUUUCCCCCUCAUCCACCACCUCCUCCAGCCGGGCGGAGCCUCCAGGAGGACUGGAGGGCAACUCAGCACUCACCUGAGCGCACACAGACACCUGGAAGACAGGAACCUGGAGGAAGACAGAGGAGAGAGGGAUGGACAGGUGGAGCCAGGGAUGGAGGGAGGAGAAGAGGGAGUGAUGGAGGGAGAGGAGAGCUUGUUGGGGGUUAAGAAGAGGCACGGGGACGCCGUCCUCGCGGCCGAGUGGAGCCAGGACGUCUUGAAAGUGAAGAGGAUGAAGCUGGAGAGCCGAGCAAGAGACGGAGAGGCGGAGGAGGGAGGGAGGAGGCGCGAGGGAGGGAGGGAGGGGAAGAGAAGAGAGAGGGAGGAGCUGAAAGAACAGCUGGAGGAGGCGAGGGAGAGACUGCAGGCCCUGCAGGAGAAGGUAUGGAGGGCGUUUGGGGAGAAGCACAUGGCGGAGGAGGAGAAGAAAAGGAGGCGCAACAGCAGAGGAGGAGGAGAUGGAGGGGAAGGAGAUGUGGGGAUGAUGGAGGAGGAGGACAUUACAGAAGGGCUGUACGAUGAAGAGGACAUUGACGGCGGAGAACUGGAGAAAGAAACGUUCUCCCUUCUGUCUGUCUCUCCUUUUGACAACUUCCACAAACGGAGAGAGGAGAGGCAGAAAGACCGAGAGGGGAAGGUGGAGAGAGGAAGAGGAGGAGGGCUGCAGCUGGACGGGGUGAUGGAGGGAGCCGGGCUGUGGCUGGAUUGUGGAGGGCUGGUGAGAGGAGACUGGCAGGGAGGGUUAGAGGACGAGGGCGAGGAGGGAGGGCAGAAGUUCGCCCAGGCGCUGAAGGUGGAGUUGGGCAGCGCCGUGGCACGAGUCAUCGAUCGAGUCCUCCGCCUCUACACCGAGAUGACAGAUUACGCUCCUUCCUCUCCGCCCACCGCCAUCUCUUUCCUCCCGUCAGACACGGGCAACGAUGGCGGGAGGGAGAAAGGAGUUUGGAUGGGACUGCUCACGAGAGGAAGAGGGGAGGAAAAGACCAGCGGUAAGGAGGAGAAGACGGGGGCGCAGGAUGGAGAAAGAGAGAAGCAGCUUCAAAAGAUGACCAACGGGAGCGCCCUGCCUGCUGGACAGCCUCAUCGCACUGACAUGUCAGAUCUGGCCAUGCCAUUGGCUGUCCAGAGGUCACCUGACAUACGUAAAGCCCACCCACUCCUCGGCCCACACCUCUCUGCUCACCUCAACCCCUCUCACCCCAACCUCUCCCUCCAUCACCCUUCUCUACCUCGCCCUCCUCCUCUCUCUCACCCUUCCCUCCUGCCUCCAGCCUCACAACCCAAGGACCCCUCCUCCUCCUUCCACCCAUCCUCCUCCUCUUCCUCCUCCUCCUCCUCCUCCUUCCCCGCGCCUCCCCCUCCUCCUCCCCCUCCCCCUCCUCCCCCUCUCCCUCUCCCCCUUCUCCACUACUCCAUGCAGCAGCUCUUCUCCCGCUCCCUCCACCACCCUCAGCUCCCGCACCUCCCGCCGUCCCGUAAGGACUACCUGAACUCCGACCCGUUCCUGGAGUUCUCGUCUCACCCGUCCUCUCACCCGUCUUUCCCGCCUCUCCCUUUGCUCGGCCACCUGGACCCCUCCCUUGCACGCCACGCUCACGGCGGCAGAGAGAGGGAGAGGGGGAUGAGGGGGGACGGUGGGAUGAGAGGAGGAGGGAUGGAUGGAGGAGAGCUCUACCUGACAGCUGGGGGAGUAUACACCCAGGAGGGAUUGUCUCCCUGCCAUCUGAAGAAAGCCAAGCUCAUGUUCUUCUACGCCCGCUAUCCCAGCUCCAACACGCUCAAGACUUACUUUCCUGAUGUCAAGUUUAACCGCUGCGUGACCUCCCAGAUGAUUAAAUGGUUCAGCAACUUCAGAGAGUUCUUCUACAUCCAGAUGGAGCGCUUUGCCCGACAGGCCGUCCGCGAGGCUCUCAGCCGGGAAGGUACAGCUCGUCCGGGCAGAGAGAGUCAGCUGCGAGUGGGCCGUGACACGGAGCUUUACCGCAUCCUGAACAUGCACUACAAUAAAAGCAACGUCUAUCAGGUGCCGGAGAGGUUCAUGGAGGUGUCAGAAGUGGCUCUGAGGGAGUUUUACUCAGCCAUCUGGACUGGGAGAGACAGCGACCCCUGCUGGAAGAAAGGAAUCUAUAAGAUCAUCUGUAAGCUCGACAGUCCCGUCCCGGACGCCUUCAGACUGCCUGGAUGUCCUGUCGGCUGAUGUUCCGACCACCUUCAUCUGGUAUCCAACAGCUCAAGCACACGAGUUAAAACUAAAUGGAAGAAGGGAAUUUUGUUAAAGUGCUCACUGACUGUGAUUCCACACUGUGAGAACUGCUCUACAGAAAUCUGUUCAAUUCCUCAUUGAUUCAUUUUCACUCUGCAUAGUGACACGCACACGCACACGCACACGCACACACACACACACACACACACACACACACACACACACAGGGGUUCAGUGCUGUGAUAAGAGUCUUGUGACUGCUCUUAACGUGACCAUACCAUUGAAUUAAAAUGGACGGAGCAGGAAUUCCCUCUCCAGACAUUCUUCACCAGUCAGUUGACUUGUGAAAUCACAGAUUACAAACUGUCAUGAAGACGUGAGCUUCUGACAGAAUUAAACUCUUACUUGCACAUCAUCCAUUCACAUAAAGAUAAAGUAUGCAGCCCCUUGUAAAUUACUGCAGCUCCUUAUUAGAUCCCAUUCUAUGCAUCCCUCAGUAAUCAACUGUCCUGCUGACGGCUGUUUACUCAACAUGGCCGCUGCACAAAUACGUGUUUCUCAUACUUCCAGACAGAGUCCAGGUUCGUCAGAUAAGUUCCCUCAGCGUGUCUCUCUGUGAGCUGUGAGCUGACGGCAGCGUUCCUGCUGUUCUCAGAACUCCCUGAUAAACAUUUUGAAGAGAAGCAGUGUGUUUGCUGCGUAUCCAUUAGCAGCCUUACACAAAUAGCACCCAGCCAUCACACCCCAACAUUUUCACUGCUGCUCUCGACAAAGCAUCAAAUACAACUUUCAUUUCCUAGAAUUUCCCUGUUAUUGUUGCCUGGAGCUUCUGCACACUAACUUUUACAUUUCAGAUACGGAUGUUUUUUCAUGGCUGCAACGUUGCUUUCCUUUUUUCAUGCUUGAACCGACAACACGAGGCAUCAUGUCUCAGAAUAAAACAAGAGGACCAAUCGUAGUUAA